CCAAGGAGCCAACUGCGCGUGUACCCUCCGAGGUUACGGAGACCGUUCUGUCACCACGAUCUGCCUGCUUCGAGGGUGGACGACGUGACGCGAAGCGUGAUCUGCACCGGCAGAAUCACAGGACUCGUCUGGUGUGAGUGACCGCAUCUCUCGGUGACGGCGGUGAGCCAUGGCCGACGAUUAUACGACCAACACGCUCUCGGGAUGGAUACUCGAGUCUACAACGUUUUUCUACCAAUCCAAUCCCCGAAUCGCCUUCAUCAUGAGCAUGGGAAUCGCCUUCCUAUAUUACUACCUCACUUCGGUCGCCAAGAAACCGGAAUUCUACUGUAAGCCGGGGAAGUUCCGGCAAGUCCUUGAAACGAUGGUUCCAAUACUGAACGAGAAGUUCUAUCCGACGCCGUGGUGCUUCGGAACGCACAGUCAGACAGCGCUUUCGAAUUUCAUCCGGGGCCUUCUACCCAACAUCAAGUACCAGAGAGACUUGUUGGAAACACCGGACGGCGGCGUGCUGGCACUAGACUGGCUCCCGUCGGACUUGCCUCAAGACGCGCCAAUCGCUUUUUUCAUGGCCGGUCUGACCGGUCAUUCUCAGACGGAAUACAUCAAGUCAAUUAUACCCUCGGCGGCCAAACAUGGCUGUCGAGUUGCGGUGCUGAAUAACCGCGGCCGAGGAGGUGUCGAUUUGAAGACUCCCAGAACAUACUGCGCUGUCAGUCAUGACGACAUGGAUCUCGCUCUGACUCACAUCAAGAACCGAUAUCCUAAUUCGAUGAUUGUUGCGUGUGGAAUUUCGCUCGGGGGUGUGAUUCUCGGACAGUACCUGUGCCGUUCGCGCGAAAACGCGCUGUGCGACGCCGCUAUUCUGGUUUCAUCGGUUUUCAACAUCAGCGAAGCUGUCUACUCGAUGGAGUUGCCGGGUUUGAACAGACUCCUGAACCGACACCUCGCUCACACGCUCUGGUUGACUGUGGAGCCCCACAAGGAUAAGUUCAAAGAGUUUCAAGAGAAAUGUGAUCUCGAGGAAGUGAAGAAAUCCACAACAAUAAAAGAGUUUGACGAGAGGUUCACGUCGAAGAUGUUUGGAUUCCAAUCCGUGGACCACUAUUACGACGAAGCGAAGCUCAUAAACAAAAUCCACAAUAUCAAAGUGCCUACGCUGUGUUUCUGUGCCGCGGACGACAUGUUCCAACCGCACAACGCACUGCCAUUGCAGAUUCCAGAGGAAAACGAAAACCUCGCUUUCCUCGUCACGGCCCGAGGUGGACACAUCGGCUUCAUGGAAGGAGUUCUUCCUUUCCCUCCAUUCUUUUCGGAACGGCUAUACGAGCAAUAUCUGCUUGCGAUGAUCCACAGCAUUCGCGACGGCGUCUUCAAGAAGAUACUCUAGAUAUGGGUUCCAGGGCGAACUAUUGAUUCUAGUCAAUAAUUGCAAGUCGAUGAAGCCUAAGCAACAACGAUCAUAGUUCAAAGUUGUCGUGCUGUCGUUGAGUGAAAGCUGAUAUUGGCUUGUCCAAUGGAUUCGCCGCGAG